UUUCCUCCGCCGCGAAGUGCUCUUUCGACUGCAGCUGCAGCAGAGAAGGGAGAGGGUGAGUGGAAAAUGGUGUCGCUGAAACUCCAGAAGCGGCUCGCCGCUAGUGUCCUCAAGUGCGGCAGAGGCAAAGUUUGGCUUGACCCAAAUGAAGUCAACGAAAUAUCCAUGGCCAAUUCUCGCCAAAACAUACGAAAGUUGGUUAAGGAUGGGUUCAUCAUCCGGAAGCCAACCAAAAUUCACUCCCGUUCACGGGCCCGUCGAAUGAAGGAGGCCAAGAGGAAGGGACGUCACUCUGGAUAUGGUAAGCGCAAGGGUACUAGAGAAGCACGACUUCCUACCAAGAUUCUUUGGAUGAGAAGAAUGCGUGUGCUCAGACGCUUGCUUCGCAAGUACAGGGAGUCCAAGAAAAUUGACAAGCACAUGUACCAUGACAUGUACAUGAAAGUUAAGGGUAAUGUGUUCAAGAAUAAGAGAGUCUUAAUGGAGAGCAUUCACAAAUCUAAGGCCGAGAAGGCAAGAGAGAAGACUUUGAGUGAUCAGUUUGAGGCUAAGCGUGCAAAGAACAAGGCAAGCCGGGAAAGGAAAAUCGCAAGGAGGGAGGAGCGACUGGCUCAUGGUCCUGGAGAGAAACCUACUGCAGCACCGACCACACCACCUCCGACAGCAUCUCAGCCAGCCCAAGCAUCAAAAAAAUCCAAGAAGUGAGGGGACACAUGAAGGAAUACCUGAUGUAGUUUUGGUCAAUCUCUUUUUGUUGGAUUAGACAUUUCUAAUUGUUAUUUCAAGUACGAGAGUUUCAACUAUUUUUACAGCAAUGAUUUAUAUUUAUUUCGUUUGAUUGCGUUUUCGGUAUGAAAUUGUAGCGUGCAAAAUUCUUCUCUAGGCCUUUAGAUCACUGUGACGCUGUUUAUCACACCCUAAACAUUCCUAUCCUUGACCUAUCAGAUGUGACGCGGAUGUGGUUUCAUGA